AUGGCGGACCAGGAUGCUACAACCGAGGCGUCAAAAGAGAAUGCUGCGCAGCCAGCGCUCAAGGCGCCGUCGUUGGGCCUCAAGCGCAGGGCCUUCAACGCGCCGGCUUUUGUGAAGAAGCCCGCCCUGGCCGCGCCUGGCAGCAGCAAGCCCGCCGCGCCCCGCCCCGCUGCCUCGGCUGCCGCCGCCUCCCAUGCGGCAGUCGUCGCAGCCGCGGGGCCCUCCACUGCAGCCGUGGCCGACAGUGAGGCUCGCUACUUCACGGUGCUCUACUGCAAGUACCAGCCCAACAAGAAGCUGCGGAAGAACAAGAGCUUCGCAGAUGGCAUCCUGGAGGUGGCCGCCGACUCAAAGCGUGCGACGCUGCUGGACGGCGAGGGCAAGCAGGUGGGCGUUAGCGUGCUGCGUGGGGUCAACGUGGCGGCCAUGGGCGCCGGCAGCAGCGUGGUGGUGGGGCAGUGGGAGGUGGAGGUGGAGGAGGCCGCCGACGCCGACAAGUUCAAGAGUGGCGAGUUGUUCCUGAAGCCCACCGCUGCGGCGCUGCUUGCCGCUGCGCCCAUGGCACCCGCCAACAGGCCGCCUGGUGCCGGCUUCAGGCCCCCUGUCGGAGGCGCCUUCAAGCGGCCUGGCCUGGCCUGCGGCAGCGCAGCGGCAGGGGCGGCGGCGGCGGCCGCCAGCGAGCCGGUGCCGCCGCGCUGGCUGCACGACCCUCACGCCGACGGCGCCUUCGUGCUCAACCGCCAGCAGUGGGCGGGCGGCAAGGGCCAGCUGGCGCGCGGCAGGCUGGUGUGCCCUGUGGUGGUGGACUCCUACAUCGGCAGGCACCUGAGGCCCCACCAGGUGGAGGGUGUGCAGUUCUUGUAUGAAGCCACCAUGGGCCUGCGCUCCCCCGGCAUGCACGGCUGCAUCCUGGCCGAUGAGAUGGGCCUGGGCAAGACGCUGCAGGUGCUGGCGCUGGUUUGGACUCUUCUCAAGCAGGGCCCCGAGGGCCGCCCCGCGGUACGCAAGGCGGUGGUGGUCACCCCCAGCAGCCUGACCCAGAACUGGAGCGAGGAGGCGCGCAAGUGGCUGGGGGAUGAGCGCAUGCGUGUCAUGGUGCUGGACUUCAAGCACGGCCGCACGGUGUCGGUGGCGGCGGUGUCGUACGAGACGCUGCGCAAGCACGCCGCUGACCUGGCGGGCUGCGUGGACCUGCUGGUGUAA